UUGCCAAGGCAACCGAAAAAUAUAAACAACUUUUAUUUUGUUGCAAUGGAUUGGGCCGAAGAAUUAAAAAUGACAAUUAGAAAGACGACGGCUAGAAAGGGACGUCGUUCCAAGAGUCGUGAUAUAUUAACUGAUCAAUCACAAGCCGGAUCUUCGAGUGCCGCGUCAACACACAUGCUGAAUAAGGAUAUAUCCAUAGAUAUAACCUUGGAUAUACACAAUGAGAGCAGCAGUCCAACUACUACUACUAGCAGUACAUAUAAUAAUGAAUUCGAUUCGAACCGACCGCCCAUAAGACGCGUUUCUGGUGGUUGGGCCGACUCGGGAUUAAAGGGACUCAAAUCAAAGAAGAAUUCAUUUGACGACGAGCGAUUUCAGGUAAAGUCAGCUACAAGCUCUAUACCUACGGAUGAUAUACCAAUCAUACCGGAUUUGGAUGAUAUAAGAGAUGAAAUUUUGUUAAACGAAAUCGUGGAGCCGCCUUCUGCCUCUAUUAAUCGGGAAGUAACUUUCAAGGAACUGAGCUCGGAUUUACUCUCUCAGAAUGCGUUUUCAGCAAUUGAAGACGUUGAUUUAUCCAUAUUGACCCGUUGUUUACAGCUACAGGAAGGACUCGAUGAACCCGAUGAACUUUGGGAAUGGGAUAAGCUCUUUACGGAGGUUACAGCUCAAAUAAAUGCGGAUAAAAAUUCGAAUGUUGGUAUGCCGGAGAAAGUGGAAAUUGGACCCGACGAAAUACCGCCAACAGCUAGGCAAAAUUAAUUUAACCGAUUUUAUGUAGAAAUAUAAAAUAAAUGCAAUAUUAAAUAUUUGAA